AUGAAUGCGAUUAAUAUGAACUGGUUAACUUCAGCAGAAGGAGAAUCUUUAAUCCAUCAUUUCUACGUAAAUUCUUCUAAAAAAAGGAGAUUUUAUGGUAUUCUGGAGAAGCCAUCGUUGCCUUCUUCCAUCGAGGAAGUCACUUACAAGAUCUUUAUGAUAGGUAGGUCUGGCGUUGGAAAGACUUCAGUAAUAGCAAGACUCGCAGGUAUCCUCGACUCUAACAGUUAUACCGAAACCAAUGGAAUAAGGAAAACAAAUAUUUACUGGCCUGUAAAAAUUUGGGAUAAAGUCGUUCUGUUUAAACUGCAAUUUUGGGAUACCUCGGAAAAUAGUAUAAAAAAGUACAAUCACAUUUUGCCAGUAUGCAAAGAUAAAGUUGAUGCGAUAUGUUCUGUGUUUUCCUUUGACGAUGCAGCAAGCUUCAAUGACAUUCCAUACUUGAUGAAUACAAUGAUCAAUAUAAAAGGAAAACCAGCAAACGUAGUCAUUGGCACAAAGUUCAAACCUUGGUCAAGCUCUAUGAUAGAUGAAACACAAAUUAAAGAAUUCGAGGACAAGUGGAAAGUUAAAGUGAUCAAGAUUGAUGCCAGCAAAUUGUCAGUAAGAUCUGAAAUAUUUGAUUGCUCGUAUCAAUUGAAUGCCAUUUGUAACAUCUUGUGGAAUAGAGAUAAAGAAUUUAUAUCUAAACUAAUGGGACAAGUUUAAUAAGUACGAUCAGAUGUAUUUUUUCUAUAAUUUGUAUAAAAUAAAAGUACAAAAAAAGGAUAUAAAUCAAUCAUGUAAACAAUGAUAAACGAUUUAUUAAGACUAUAUAUGUGAAUACACGAUAAGUAAGAGUUUAAAGCCUAAACAAAGCUAGAUCUUAGAUGCUUAAAUCAUUUCUGUAUGAAUUUAUAUACCAAAUAUGUUGUAAUUUAAACUGCUUGCUGAAUUAGUUUAUCGGACUUAUAAACGCAAUUAAACUAUUACGAUAAUAUCAUGAAUUAAUUUUAUCAAUCGUACAAA